AUGUUUCCAACAAAUGGACAGGAUCUCGCGACUCCUGAGAGGACUUCCAGCUCCGGUACCAAUCCAUUUCGGCCUCAACCUCCCAAGAUAAACACAAACGUCCCUCAUAUCAUGGUCAACGGCAAGCCAGUCGAGGUGAUUGAGAUAUCUUCCAGCCCGUCUCCUCAGGACACUAAUCCUGAACCUGCACAGAAAAUUCCAGCACCAGGACCGCCCCAGGGGCAACCAGUUCAACAACCAAUGCACACUCAGCAUGGUAGCCCUUUUCCCUUUACAGCCGCACCAGCAGGAAGCUCCCAGCGGCCUCAUACAAUUUUCAAACCAAUCAAAAUCCAUACUGCGAAGUGUGAUGUCUGCAAUAAGCAUAACAAGUCCACCUUGCAGCGCUGUAUUGAUUGUGGGUGGCAGAUAUGCACCCCCUGCUGGAAUGCCAGGGGUGGGAAUGGUGCCCAUGGCAGUGUCAGAAAAUUCACAGGGACCAUUUAUCGCAGCUCAGAUGAUGAAUUGCCACAGAAAAAACCUCGAAAGAAAGGGAAAAAUUCCAACAAUGGAGCAAAGGAUACUCCUCCUGACAAGGGUAAAGCUGUUGCAAAGGAUAUAGCUUCUACACCGAUGCGUCCUAACCCUGAUAUUGAAGAGAAUUGGACCCCUUCCGUCGUUCCAAUAUAUUCAACCGAGAGUGCAAAUAGUUCUCCUAGCAUGUUUCUGACAGAUGCAAGUGAUCCCAGGGCGAUAAUUCAAAGAGGUCUGGCGAGUUUAAAAAUGCAGUUUUCCAGCGGCCCGGCCAGUGUCAAGCCAGCCGGCUCCAGCAGCGAUCUUCCAAGCCGAGCCUCAGUCGGCUGUAGUAAAGCGCCCCGAACUCCUGAAAGUACUCAUCAAGCGAUUACCGAUAAUCUGUCGAGCUCAUCCUCCCUGACUUCUCUCAGCGCCCUUGAGGAGGACUGUGGGUAUCGAGGUGAUGAAGAAAAUGAAAACGAGGAUGACGAUGCCACGGAUAUAGACCCAGAAAACGAGGAUGUCCUUAUCGCAGAUGGCAGGGCGUAUCAAAAACGAGUAUUCAAAGGCCUCAACCCCAUGGCUCAGACCCGGAUGAACUGGCUUCUCAUCGCUGCAGAGCAGGCUCUCAAAGAACGGGAAAAGGACCAGAAGCAGUCCAAGGAGAGAAAUGAGGGCCCCAAAACCCCUGUGCCAGCCACUCGUAAGUUUGACCCGCCGACUCGUAGCUGGAUAUUAACUCCAUCUCAACAUUCGUCUCCAGCGCCUAAGCCGGAUCCUGCUCCUGAGCCCAGCACUGUUGCUGUUGCCUCUCAACCGCCCCCCUCCACUCCGGUUCCUACUCAAACUCGAACUAUAGGAGCGACUACCGUUGUACGUCCCGUUCCUAUUUCGCUUUACUUCCGAUCCCCGUCACCAGUUCCGGAGCAUAUGCGCGGCAUUGUGCAAGCCCCAAAACGACGAAUCUUGGUCCAGCCCUUGGAUCUGAUUGAGUACGUUGCUCCUCCCGCUGUGCCAGUGUCAGAAUUGAUACCUAGGCCUGAUCCCAUGGAUAUCGAUCAGCCUAGGCCAGUAAGCAACCCGUCAGCAACCCGUCAUCCACGGAUGCCACUUCACCAGCGCGAAGUUCCAUUUGGCCUGAGAGAUAUUCUCCCUGGAGAUAGAGAAACCGAAAAAACCGAAACCUCAGAGCGGGAGCGACGUGAGGCAGAGAAAAGAACAUUAAAACCCCAUGGCAGGGCAUGGGAGCUGUGA